AUGGCUGCUCGUGCUGCUGCAGUGGAUCUCGCCAAGAUCUCCAACUUGGGUCUUGGCAAGAACACUCUCGCUCAGAUCUCGGCUUUCCGCAAGCGCGCCGACGACGCAAAGCGUCAACUCGCACAGCUCAAGCAGCAGAACACCGACGUCGACUUUGCCCACUACAACAAGGUGCUCCGUAACAAGGAUGUUGUCAGCCAGGCGCAGAAGAUCCUCUCCGAGUUCAAGCCUGUCACCUACGACGUUCAGGCUCAGCUCAAGGCUAUCGAUGCCUUCGAGUCCAAAGCUGUUAGUAUCCGCCCUUUUUCUUCGACAGCAUAG